AUGGCAUACGUUUCUUCGUUGUUCCAUGCAAUAAUAAUAAUUAUAAUAGCAUUGCUAUCAUCAUGGCUUCCAACACUUGCCAUUGCCUCAUAUGCCAGAAACCACACCGAUCAACUUGCACUCAUGGCUAUCAAAUCAAGCAUCACCCAUGACCCACAACAAGUUCUCCAAACAUGGAACACCUCCACCUCCCUCCAUUUCUGCCAAUGGGAAGGCGUCACAUGUGGUCGCAGGCAUCCAAGAGUCACCAAACUGGAUCUUGAAUCAAGAGCCAUUGUUGGUGCUCUGUUCAGGUUGCAGAAACUAAUCCUCAUCAACAAUUCUUUCACCGGUGAAAUCCCUGCCACUUUAUCAAACUGCACCCGACUCACUGUUCUUGGGCUGAGCCGCAAUAAACUAACCGGAAAUCUCCCCAAACAGCUUGCUUCACUCAUCAACCUCACCAUCAUCACCCUUCAUAAUAAUCGUUUCACAGGUGGGAUCCCGUCUUUCUUGGGAAACUUCACUUUUCUUGAAGCCAUAUCAGCUGCAAACAAUCGUCUGGAUGGAAUUAUUCCAUCUUCUUUAGGUCAAUUGCAAAACUUGAAUAAAAUCGGUUUCAGUAACAACCAACUAUAUGGUAUAAUCCCUCCAUCCAUCUACAAUUUAUCGUCUUUAUCAAUUGUUGAUUUCUCCGAGAAUCAAAUCAGCGGAGAGUUACCAAGCGAUAUAGGAUUGAUGCUACCGAAUCUUGAAAAUUUACAAAUCUGGGGAAACAAGUUUACAGGAAGCAUUCCUGUUUCGUUUUCUAAUUGUUCAAAUUUGGAAGAUAUCAACUUGGCAGAAAACGGUUUCACUGGGAAAAUUGGUGUGAGUUUUAAACGAAUACCAAAUCUUCGUUUUCUUGGGUUGUUUUCCAACAGUUUAGGGAGUUGGGAAGCUGAUGAGAUGAAGUUCAUUGAUUCCAUGAUCAACUGUAGCAAAUUAGAACGAUUGCUUGUUCAUGAAAACCAACUCAGAGGAGUGCUUCCUGAUUCUGUAGGCAAUCUCUCAUCUCAACUUAAAUCUCUAGCUUUUGGUCGGAACUUGAUAUAUGGGAACUUGCCAGCUGGAAUAGGGAAUCUUGUGAAAUUAGAGUCGUUGGCCAUGCAAAUUAAUCAGUUGACAGGCGUAAUUCCUAGUGAAAUUGGUAAUCUUGAAAAUUUAAAACUAUUAUACCUACAUGAUAACAACUUCAUUGGUAAAUUUCCAGAUUUUAUAGGAAAUCUUUCAUUGUUAAAUGAAUUGGAUUUGUCGAUUAAUAGAUUAGAAGGGAAAAUACCUCAAAAUCUUGGAAACUGUAGGAGUUUGGCCUUGUUGGAUCUCUCUGGAAACAAUCUUACUGGCCCAAUACCAGUUGAGCUUUUUCAACUAUCAUCCCUGUCGAAAGCCUUAAAUCUUGCUCAAAAUCAUUUAGUUGGAUCGCUUCCCCAAGAGAUUAAGAAGCUUAAAAGCUUAACCAGGCUGGAUCUAUCACAGAAUGAUUUGAUUGGAGCAAUCCCAGAUGCGAUUGGAAGCUGCACGAGCCUGGAGUACCUAAAUCUGAAAUCCAAUUCCUUUCAAGGUCCAAUACCUACAACGAUGAAAGAUUUGAGAGGCAUCAGGAAUCUUGAUCUUUCUAGUAACAACUUCUCAGGACAGAUUCCGAGAUUUUUGGAGCAACUAAACUUGUCUUCAUUGAAUUUGUCGUUUAAUAAUCUUGAUGGGGAAGUACCCAUCACAGGAAUCUUCAAGAAUGCAAGUGCAAUCGCCAUUGAUGGGAACGAUAGGUUAUGUGGAGGCAUUCCAGAACUUCAUCUACCAAAGUGUGACAUAAAAGAAACAUCAAAGAAAGGUUUAACAAAAUCACGUGUUAUUCUAAUCGUCAUCCCUGUUAGUUCCUUUCUAGUUGUGGCAAUGGCGUUGUUUUUAUUGUUUCGUUGGCAAAGAAGGAAAAGGCAACCAGAACCAACAGGAGCGUCAAUGAUGCAACCAUUUUCUAGGGUUUCUUAUGGAAGCAUACUCAAGGCUACUGAUGAAUUCUCCGAACAAAACCUGAUUGGGACGGGGAGUUUCAGUGCUGUUUAUAAGGACUUCCUUGAACCAGUUGGUGCACUGGUCGCUAUUAAAGUUCUACAGCUUGAAAACCAAGGAGCUUUGAAGAGUUUUAUGGCGGAAUGUGAAGCUUUGAAGAACAUAAGGCAUCGUAAUCUUGUAAAAAUCAUUACUUCAUGCUCGUCUAUCGAUUUUCAAGGUAACGAUUUCAAAGCUCUGAUUUACGAGUUCAUGCCAAAUGGAAAUCUCGAAAGGUGGCUACAUCCAAGCCCCGAACAAGAGAUUCUCACUCCACCAAGAUUAAACCUCCGUGAAAGAUUAACAAUCGCAAUAGAUGUGGCUAAUGCCAUUCAUUACCUCCAUCAAGACUGUGAGGUUCCCAUAAUUCACUGUGAUUUGAAGCCAAGCAAUGUUUUACUCGACAGUGACAUGGUUGCUCACAUUGGUGAUUUCGGGCUGGCAAAGUUUCUUCCAUUGAAACCACACCAAAGCAGUUCAAUUGGGAUAAGAGGAACUGUUGGGUAUGCAGCACCAGAGUAUGGAGUUGGAAGCGAGAUGACAAAAGAAGGAGAUAUUUACAGUUUUGGGAUUUUGUUGUUAGAGAUGAUGACACGAAAGAGGCCUAUAGACCCAAUUUUCGAAGAAGGGUUGAACCUCCAUUGCUAUGUGAUGAUGGCGUUGCCUGAUCGUCUAAUGGAAAUCAUCGAACCGGCUCUAUUGCCUGUCCAUGACGAGGAGCUAGAAGCUGCAAGUGUCCAACGUGAUUACAGUCAUGAUGAAGAGAGAAACCAAAAAUUGGAGCAGGGCCUCGUUUCCUUGGCACGAAUAGGGUUGGCAUGCUCCGUGGAAUCUCCUAGAAAGAGAAUAAAUACGAACAAAAUCAUCCAUGAGUUGCGUCGCAUCAAUGGUUUUCUUACAAUUAAUUAG